AUGGCUGAUCCAGCAAAGACCAACAGGGUUCGUUUGGAGCAACUUGAAGAAGUUGUUUCUAACUUACAUCUCAGUAUGCAAGAGAUGAGUGUAACGAAUCAGUCCAUUCUCCGGGAGUUGAAUAAAUCCAACACCCGUUCGUUGAGUCGCAACGAUCGUCGUCGUAAAUGGCUUCAUCGUAAGUCUUCCAAAAGGUCACGAUCGUCUUCUUCAAACUCUGAGGAUUCUGAGCAAGAUGAUUAUGUUGGGAGUGAGAGUGAAAUGUCUUUUUCCUCUCAAGCAUCUGAUACAGGUUCAGAGGAAGGUAACGCCAAGGAGAAAGAGAAGAACCAGACCCUACAAAUGCAUUCUCGGGUGAAACUUGAUUUUCCACGAUUUGCAGGAGAAGACCCCACUGUUUGGCUCGAUCGUGCGAAGCAGUACUUUUCUACUCAAGAGAUUCAGGGUAAGAAGAAGGUGGUGUUAGCUUCUUUUCAUUUAGAAGGUUCUUUCCGGGCAUAUUUGCAGGAAUUUGAGAAGUUGGCUAACCGAGUGACAGGGUGGCCAAAGAAAGCCCUUCUUGGUGCUUUUAUGGGUGGACUAAAGGUGGAAAUAGCAGUGGAGGUGCGAAUGUUUCGACCAAAGAGUUUACAAGGGGCUAUAGACUUGGCUAAACGUCAAGAUGAGAAGUUGCAAAAAACGAAAAAGGUUGUUGGAAAUUUUCGUAAUACUAACUGUAUUCCGAGUCCUACAAUUCCAACUACGUCCAAUCCUACGCCAGUUAGUGUAAAACCUUUACCAACUUCGGCAGUGAAGCAUUUAACAUUUGAGGAGAUGAGAGCGAAGCGUGAGAAGAAUCUUUGUUUUAACUGUGAUGAAAAAUUUACCCCUGGCCAUAGGUGUCAAGCUUGGACAUGUUUAAUUGAUGCAGAAAUUCUGUUGGCAUCGGAAGCUGAAGGUGAAAAAGAAGUGGUGGCUGUAGACUCUCCAACCGAUCCCCUUAUUCCUUUGCAUGCUAUAUCAGGGAGUUUGGGCAAUCGUACCAUGUGGGUUCGAGCUAUGAUUCAUCACCAAGAACUUAAUGCGUUAAUAGAUAGUGGCUCAAGCCAUAAUUUUAUCAACCAAUCGAUGGUCAGCCGAUUAAAUCUAGUGGUUACUCCUAUUACUCCAUUUUGUGUUCGAAUUGCUAGCGGUGAUAAACUAGAGUGCCAUGCAAGAUAUGAUAAGGUCCCAAUUUCAAUCCAAGGAUUUGACUUUGAAACUACUUUAUUCGGACUUCCUAUCCGGGGUUUGGAUCUCGUCUUGGGUUAUCAGUGGCUUGAAGGGUUGGGAUAUGUGGGACAUAAUUAUGCAUUGCGGUCUAUGCAAUUUACAGUGGACAAUAAAAAAUAUCUCAUUAAGGCCGAAUCAGUUGGGCCUUCGAGGGUGGUCGAUGCUAAUUUGUUAUUGCAAGAAUGGAAACAGGGUGCCGAGAUGUUCUGUCUAACGUCUAUUGAGGGUGAAGACAAAUUUCAACAAUCUAGUAUACUCGUUGUUGCCAAUGAAAUCAAGCAUCUACUAACAGAAUAUUCCCAAGUUUUGGAGACCCCAAAAACAUUACCUCCAGUGCGUGAAUGUGAUCAUCGAUUUUUUUUAAAGGAUGAGUCUACUCCUGUGAAUGUGGCUCCUUAUCGUUACGCCCAUUUCCAAAAAAAUGAGAUCGAACAUCAAGUUGAGGAAAUGUUAGCAACAGGGUUGAUUCGAUCAAAUUAUCGAGCUCUGAAUGAGGCGACUAUCAAAGAUCGUUUUCCAAUCCCAACCAUUGAGGAUAUGUUGGAUGAGUUGUUUGGUGCGGCUUAUUUCUCCAAACUUGAUUUACGAGCGGGUUAUCACCAAAUUCGUGUUCAUCCUAACGAUGUUCACAAAACAGCAUUCCGGACUCAUCAUGGCCAUUUCGAAUAUUUGCCAUCGAAGUGUAUUUUUGGCCAAACUGAAGUCAAGUAUCUCGGUCAUAUUAUUGCCAUGAAGGGUGUGAAAGUCGAUCACCGAAAAAUUGAAGCUAUGAUUCAUUAG